CAUCCAAAACAUGCAUAUUUUAAUCCAACAAAUAAUUCAAGUUCAACUCAUCCUGGUUCAACAAGUAACUUAGGUUCACUUCACCAUAAUCCAGGUUGUCCAUAUCCAAUUCAUCAUCAUGAUUAUAAUAUCAUUAAUGGAGCUGCU